CUAUCAAUUUGACGUCAGACGUCAGAGAAAAGAAGUUCAAGAAACUGAUUACCUAUAUUAGUUAGAAACUAAAUUAACAAAAAACAAUUAAAUAUUAGUUAAUAACAAAUUUGAUGCUAUUAAUUCCAUGUAGCAUUAGUAAGUUGACAUUUGAUUAGAAAUUAGACAGUUGGCAUCGUUACUUUUCAUUAUAUUGCUGUAUUGUUUGCCUUGUCGGUUAAAAAAUAAAUACAAAUUGUGCUAACAGAUGUGUUGGCACGAAAGAAGUUAUUAACCUGUGUCUAUAAUCAGUCAUAUUGAUGUAGGUGAGUGUCUAAAUGCCACCUUGCUAGUUAAUUAAGUGGAUCUGUUAAAAAAUCAUAACAGGAAGUGCUAUAAACAAUCGCCUAGGCGCGGCAGCGAUGGGGCGCGGCGCGCGCUGGCGCCUGGCGGCGGCGCUGGUGGCGGGCGCGCUGCUGGUGUGGCUGUGGCGCGGCGGCGCGCGGCCGGCGGGCGCGCAGCGGCGCCGCGAGCUGAACGCGCCCGUGGAGGGCCGCGAGCUGCCGCUGAUCUUCAUCGGAGGCGUGCCGCGCUCCGGCACCACGCUCAUGCGCGCCAUGCUGGACGCGCACCCCGACGUGCGCUGCGGCCAGGAGACGCGCGUGGUGCCGCGCCUGCUGCAGAUGCGCCAGCACUGGUUGCGCUCGCAGAAGGAGACGGUGCGGCUGGAGCAGGCGGGGGUGUCGAAGGCAGUGCUGGAUAACGCCAUAGCCGCGUUCUGCUUGGAGGUGAUCGUGAGGCACGGCGACACUGCUCCGCGGCUCUGCAAUAAGGACCCGCUCGUGCUUAAGAUGGGGACCUAUGUGCUGGAGCUAUUUCCAAAUGCUAAAUUCUUGUUCAUGGUGCGCGACGGCCGCGCGACUGUCCACUCUAUCAUCACGCGCAAGGUGACGAUAACGGGCUUCGACCUGACGAGCUACCGGCAGUGUCUGACCAAGUGGAACCACGCCGUGGAGCUGAUGUACCAGCAGUGCAAGAGUAUGGGCGCGGACAAGUGCCUGAUGGUGCGCUACGAGGCGCUGGUGCUGCGGCCGGCGGCCACCAUGCGGCGCGUGCUGGACUUCCUGCAGCUGCCGUGGCACGACGCCGUGCUGCACCACGAGCAGUACAUCAACCAGCCCAACGGCGUCGCGCUCUCCAAUGUGGAGCGGUCGUCGGACCAGGUGGUGCGGCCCGUGAACCUGGACGCGCUGGACAAGUGGGUGGGGCAGAUCCCGGCCGACGUGCGCGCCGACAUGGCGGAGCUGGCGCCCAUGCUGUCGGUGCUGGGCUACGACCCGUGGGCCAACCCGCCGCGCUACGAGGCCACGGCCGACGCCGCCGUCACCGAGCGCCGCCCGCCUUAGUCGACUGCUCCGUGUGUUCGCCCUGCUCGCAAUAAAUGAUAACACCAAAAUGUACUGUAUUUUAUUCCGCAUUCGCCGAAGGAGGCGGAACUCAGCACCUUCACUACUUACUUCUGGACAUAUACUCUGAGCGAGGACUGAGCGUCGAGACGGCUCGAUUUAUCGAUUUGAUAUUGUAUAAAACACAAAUAAAAACACUAUACUAAAUA